AUGACUAUAGCCAACAUCAAUGAUCGUUCUCAAUUGGGAAAUCGUGAUUCUGAAAUUGCAAUGCUGAUUGAAGAUACAGAUAUGAUACCCUCAUUCAUGGAUGGCAAAGAAUACAAGGCUGCUAAAUUCGCUCAUUCCUUGCGUAUGCAAUUGUUCAAGGAGCAUUUAGGCCUGCUGGAUUUUAACAACUGGGAGCAAUUGAUCAAGGGAGAGGCACAGCGUGCACCCAAUGUGGAUGUAGAUGAACCUAUUGAAACCCAUCAUACCAACGAACGUGCUACUGAAGAAGAAAUUCGUACUUAUGAGAAGGCUGGACCUAACAAGGUACUUGAGCACGAAAAGAGAUCUGGUGCUAAACCAGUGGAUGCAAGUGAUUAUGGCACUGGAGCUGUUCGUAUGGACGCAAAGGCGUUGGAUCCACUUGCUCCUCACUGUCACCAAGCUAUCUGGAAUGCCACUGCUGAAAACAACACGUUGAUUUACCGAGAUCUCUUCCGCUGUGUUCCUGAUGACACAGUGCAUACCUUUGAACAGCAUCGCAAAUUUCUGCCUGACCCUGCAAAGAUCCCACAUGGCCAUGUGGCUGAUCCUGACAUGCAUGGCCGUGAUAUUCGUCAACGCUUGUCGAAAGUGCGUGGUCAUUUGGUUCAAUUCCCAUCAGACUACCUCAAAGAUGAAAACAUGCUGGGCUCUUUGAUCCGUGAAACUGUAACUCCAAUGGUUAUCUUUACUUGA